AUGACUCCGGAGACUCCGUCUAGUUCGGGAAGUGACACCACCAGGCCUGCUAUAAGUGCCGAGGAGAGGCUGAUGGUGGCCGUAAGGAUAAGGCCCUUGAGGCAGGACGAGUCGGCGAGGAUUUUGUAUGCUCUGGACAAGAAGCACAUUAUUUUUGAGGAGUCAGACAAAAACGACCUCUUGAGGCAGAAGAGGGCCGUAGAAAAACAGUAUUCGUUCGACGUGGUUUUUGGGGAAGACUCCACUCAAGAAGACGUCUAUAAAGUUACCACUAGCAGUUUGGUUAAAGAUAUUUUAAAUGGAUACAAUGCGACAGUAUUUGCCUAUGGUCCAACAGGUGCUGGAAAGACCCAUACCAUGGUAGGAGAUAGAACUCAACCUGGUAUCAUGAUCCGGGCCCUCAACGAUCUUUUUGAAGCUGUAAUGGACAAGGAGGAUGAAUAUACUGUAACUAUGUCGUAUCUAGAAAUAUACAACGAACAAAUCAGGGACCUACUGAAUCCAUCAUCAGGCUACCUGGAGCUGAGGGAGGACUCGAGAGGUCGAAACAUCCAAGUGGCUGGUUUGUCGGAAAUUUCUACCACUUCCACUGAUGAGGUUAUGCUUCUUCUUCAAAAAGGCAACAAAGCCAGGACCACAGAACCCACAGCCAUGAACAAGACCUCUUCCAGAAGCCACGCUCUCCUCAGCGUCACAGUGAGGCACAGCAUGCCAAUAGACAAAAAAGACCACCUGCGCAUGCGCGUCAAACAAGGCAGGCUCUUCAUGAUCGACUUGGCAGGCUCUGAAAGAGCAAACAAGACCAAGAACAGAGGAAAACGCUUACAGGAAGGCGCCCACAUCAACAGAUCCCUGUUGGCUCUUGGAAAUUGCAUAAAUGCCUUAAGCGGAGGUGCUAGGUAUGUCAACUACAGAGACUCCAAACUCACCAGGCUCCUGAAGGACGCUCUGAGUGGGAACUGUAGGACGGUGAUGAUAGCCCACGUAUCACCUAGCGCUGCACAGAAGGACGAAUCGAGAAAUACCUUAAUUUACGCAGACAGGGCUAACAACAUCACCACCAAGAUAGAGAGGAACGUUCUGGACGUUUCCUAUCAAGUUACCCAGUAUCAGACGGUCAUUACAGAGCUGAGAGACGAGAUUUCUCGACUGCAAACUAAAAUGAAAGAGGAAAGACCGAGAUCCGCGGACGUAAACAGGAUGAAUGCUGAAGAAAGGAGCAACGAGGUGAAGAAGCUGAGGGAGCAGAUCGUGGAUACGUUCAAGAUGCAGAUGAAGCUGAGAAGGAAGCUGAUGGAAAUAGACUCACAUCUCUUGGGACUGGGAAUGGAAGCAGAGAGGCAGCACGUUAUUAUUUCACAUUGGGAAUCAAGGAAUAACAAGUUGUACAAAAAUAGUUUGAAUGAAUCUAGGGCAAGGACACAACAAAGCAUUAGAAGACGAAAAAUUGUAACAGCAGACGGAUUCAGGUCCGCAGGCAAUGACCAGGAUGAAGGAUCCGAUGCAGAUAUAGACGCCGAAGGCGAAGCAGCAGUUCAGCAAGCGUGGGCAGAGCUAGCAGACAUAGAAAGAGAGCAAGAUCGGUGGUCAGAGCUACGCACCCACAUAGAACAAAAGUUAGAGGUGUGUAGGCAACGCGGAGUUGCCUUAGAAGAUAGACUUCCAUCGUUGUUAUCUUCUGACGACGAAAGAGAAAUCUUGGCACUCAUGUGUCGAGUUCAUGAAUUAGAAGCCGAUAAGAUGGCGCUCCAAUCCGAACGCCUCGUAAGGCAGCACGAACUAAGAAGAAGAGACCUAGUGAUCCUAAGAUAUGACAGACAGCGGCAGUUGUGCGAAGAAAUCAUCACCAGACAAAGGCAGAUAAUAGAAGAGGGGAGGAUUAAGCUUCCGCCUGACUUGCAAGAACUGUACCAGAUGUACCAGCAAGAAAUACACGCAGCUACUUACACAGAUUUUGGUCUGCCACAAAUGUCUUUUUCUCCAGAUAAGCUGCCACCCAUAAGCAAAAUUUAUAGUGACCCCAUUUUCAGAAGGGGUAACACAACGGACAUGAGCGGCAGUGACGCGAGCGGACCACCAUCUUCGGCGGAGUCCGGUGAGGACGGACUACCAAAUUUGAACGACUCGAGCGUAGACAGAGUCAUGGGACAGCCAGUGUCCCGACCUGGUAUUGGCAUGAAGCUUCCACCUCUCCCACCAAGUCCUCCAGUGAGGUUAAACAGAAUAAAUUCAAACAGUGCUAUGAAGAGGGCAAUGAGUGAAGAUGUCUUGUACGGAUCAAGUAGCGCGGAAUAACAGUAGAAUAAUUUUUUUCGUAAAAUAUAUAUUUUAUCUUUGGUACAAUUACACAUUACUAAACUAAAAUCAAUACAUUAUUGAUAUACGUACUACCUACAAAUUUAAAACAUUGUACUAGUAUUUCUUGCAUUUUCAAAUGUAUUAUGUUUUAUUUUUUUAUAACUGAAAUAAAUAUAUCGUUAAAUAUAAACAAUUUUCUUUUUUAGACAUCGCUAUUCUAAAAUCGGUCAGAAGCUUGAAAUAAUAUAAUAAUAUCUACUUGCCUUACAAACUACAGAUUUUCUUAAAUCUUAUUCUAGGUCCUACAAAAGAAA